AUGGCAGUUCAAGGUCUAGGCAUCGCAGACCUGGAAAAAGAACUAGUCUGUUCAAUCUGUACGGAACUCCUUUACCAGCCUUUGACCCUUCUGGACUGCCUCCACACCUUCUGUGGCUGCUGCGUGAGAGAAUGGUUCCAAGCCCAAGCCUCGCGACGACCACACCCAAGAUUCACCUGUCCAUCAUGCCGCGCCGAAGUCCGUGGGACGCGCCCAAAUGCCACGGUGACGACACUCCUCGAUAUGGUGCUAAGCGCACACCCCGAUCGUGGUAGAUCAGCAGAAGAAAAGGCCGAGAUUGCAUUACAAUAUACACACGGCGAGUCGGUGUUUCCUACUUUGCCCUUGAGUGGAGAGAGCGCGGAGGAAGAUGACGAGGGGAAUACCGGCAUGCUGCAAGAAGUGCAGCAGCUGAGUCUUCGGGAAAGUCGGGUGCAAGCUAGACGGGAGACACGACGGGCAGCCGGGAAUUCGUCCCGAACGCGAGAUCGGAGUGGUCAUACCGAGAGACACGAGGAUGGACGGUCGAGACGACGGCGGGAAGAUGAUGCCCGGCAACACACGUUGCGGCCUGGAGAUGGCGAUCGCACACGUCGUGUCGAGCAUCAGUCCAGUCUGCGAUCAUUGCUCAGUCUCUCCUCGGAUGCAGAGACAAUGGAAGAAGAAAUUCUGCGACAGAUCCUCGAGGAGGGUUUGCUGGAUGAUGUCGACCUUGACAACCUAGGCCCUAGACAGGAGGAGGAGCUGAGCGAACGUAUUGCGGACGCGUACCGGCGCAGACAUAUGCAGCGAUCUAGCUCGAGACAAAGACAGGAACGGAGACAGUCGCCCGAGGGGGGCACGCGAACGCGGACGAGAUCACAGUCGGCCCAGGCAGAGGCCGCGCCUGCUCCGUCUUCUCGUGAACAUGGUGACAGACGGCCGCCGAUUUCUCGACCACAUUUGUUCGACUCGGGCCCUGCACGCCCGAGGGUAUCGAAUCAUCAAAGGCGCAAUUCAGAGGUCGCUGGGCGCCGACAGACUUCGCCAGUUCGAGCAAACCAGGCGUCUGCGUCGGAUGAGGCUAUACGACCUGCUGUUCGGGCUUCGAGUGAUAUGACAGCGGAUCGCGUUCUUAGUUCACAGCCUGCGAGGUUGAGGUCGGAGUCUUCGUUGGCUAGAACUCGGCGUGCUACAGAGUCGGAAAAUGUCUCUGGGGCUUGGAUGGCUGCAGGACGAGAACGAAGCUCCUCCAGACAGGUUUCCAGUCAAUCUGCUACCAAUUUGCCCACUGUGGCCACGCCCACAGAUCACAGCUCUCAUUUGCUGUCUUCUCCCUUGGUUCCUCUACGGUCUGAGAGGAGAUCCAGGCCUUCUUCAUCCCGAUCUAACAUUCCGAAUGGGUCCCAUGUGCAAUAUCCUGAGCCCUCUAUCACAUGUGAUGGAUGUGGCAGGAAUGAUAUCCAAUACACUCUCCACAAGAGAUGCACCCAGUGCAAAGGUGGAAGUUUCCAUCUAUGUCUACGCUGCUAUCGUGAAGGAAAAGGCUGUUUUCGAUGGGAUGGGUUUGGUGCAUCUGCGGUCACCAGUUUCCAAAGAAUAUUAUCGUCCUCCACUCAACGCCCAGUCCAAAUCCCCGACGGUGGUCAUGUGUUGGGUUGGUUCAAAUACCAACGUCCUUCAGAGACGGCCCAGCAAGCAAUCAGUGGGGAGAGAACCCUGACCAGCGACAAUCCUGCCGGCCGCCUGCAAAAUGGUCUCUUCUGUGAUACGUGCCAACUCUCGGCAAAUGACUGUUUCUGGAAAUGCAGCAAAUGCAAUGAAGGAGACUGGGGCUUCUGUAAUAGCUGUGUUAAUCAAGGACGAUGCUGUACCCACGCACUCCUACCCAUUCGACGCAUCACUCACAGCACCCCCUCAACAUCGUCUACGCCUACAGCAGAAUCAACUCCCAUUUCACUGCCCUCUGAAAUAGAGAGCUACAAGAUCCUAUCCUUCUCAACAAACUGCGACAUCUGCACAUACCCCGUUCCAGCCUCAAACACCCGUUACCACUGCCUGGAAUGUAACCGCGGCGACUACGACGUCUGCACCAACUGCUACUCCAAGCUAGUGGCAACUGGCAAAAUCAGCAAAGAAAAUGGCUACAAUGGCUGGCGUCGCUGCCUUGCCAACCACCGAAUGAUCAUAGUCGGAUUUGAAGACCGCGAAGAAGGCCAACGCCGCGUGAUUGUAAACGAUCUAGUCGGUGGCCGCGCUCUCAAAGACGAACACGUCCUCCAAUCCCAAUCCCAAUCUCCAACCUCAUCCCCAGUAACAGGUGGUCCAGUCGCAUCCCCAGAACCAGGAAGAGGAGAAUGGAACUGGAAAGAUGGACCCGGACUGGAACGCCGAAAGAAAGCCUCACGACUACGCGCCGGUCCUCCAUCCUCCAACCCCGGAAUGACUGUCUCAGCAUCUGAUCUCUCAAUUACAGCCUCAUCAAGCCCCAUCCAGAGUAUCCAGCCUAUCCGCCGUUUCCCACCAGAUGGAGGCGUGGGCCUCAUUGUCCAUGCGAAAUGGGCCUUCUACCCAGACGACGGACUCGAAGACGAGCUUGUUUUCCCGCGUGGUGCGGAUAUCACCGAGGCGGAGAAUAUCAAUGAUGACUGGUUCUGGGGAUGUUAUGCUGGUCGCACAGGGCUGUUUCCCGGCUCGCAUGUAGAGGUUAUUCGUGAGAUCAAAUAG